UACAAAAAGUCGCUAAAUAUAGUGAGGAAUUCUCUAAAUUGGCAGCAGUGACCAGGAGCUUCCUCAGAUUAGAAGUAUUUCCACCGCUGGCCUUGCACUUUGCUUCACAAAUAUUACAGGGAGCGUAAUCUGCAGAACAUUUUGAAAAGCGGAGCCAUACUUUCUUGCUUUCUUUACUGGACCAGCGGCUACUGACGUCAUUAGCCUGUUGUGCGUGCAAUGCUGUGUUCAUGUUCAGCAUGGAAAAUCGGCCGCUCUUCCACUCCCUCACUGCCACAGUGAUGCGUUUAGGUACCGAAACAUGGUAUCGUUCGAUUCUAUGUGAGUCGGUCCUCUGUGGUACCAACUGGAUUCGGUCUGUGCCUAUAAAAGCACUGAAUUGGGUACCCAUCCCUAAUGGUAGGCCUGUCGCGAUAAUCAAUAAAUCAAUUAAUUGCACGAUAAAUAAAAACUAUCCACACCAUUUCAUUUAUCGGCUAUAUCGUCUCUGCCUGUGUUUUUCUCUUUCUAUUGACGACGCGAGAUGAAAAGGCUUAACUCCGGUGCUACCCACUGACCCCUCCCCUCCUCAUUUUUUUUAGGAAGGGGAAAAAAUGAGGAGGGAGGAGGAGCGGACUAUCGCAUCAGGUAGUCAGCGCGGAUCAUUUUGUACUUCUGCAGCUUUAGAGCCCCGUGAGGAGUUAGCGAGGUAAAAAAAAAAAAAACACAUCUUAUGUUGGGGUAAAGCUCGAAAUGGAACUAGUUUCAAAGCCGAACGCAACAGCCGCAGUGUGGGAGUAUUUCGGAUUCAAACCAAAUGACCGAGGCGAACCGCUGAACCUACGCGAGCCAGUAUGUCGCAUUUGUCAUAAAACAGUAUCAGCUAAGAGCAGCAAUACAACCAACCUACACAUGCACCUAAAGCACAACCACCCAGCAAAGUUUCUCCAGCUGGGGACAAAAAAUAUAAGCGCUGGCCCGUCGGCGUCUUCAAGUUCGCGACAGUCCACCAUCACUGAAGCAAUUAAUCGACAGGGAGCAUACAAAAAGGACGGCGCAAAGUGGCGCGCGCUCACAGACAGCGUAGUUCAUUUAAUUGCUAAAGAGAUGCUCCCAUUUAAUAUUGUAGAAAAGCCGGCAUUUCGAAAAAUGUUGCAGACAUUUGAUAGACAGUAUGAACUCCCCAGGAAAACAUACAUAUCACAAACGGCAAUUCCACAACUGUACAGCAGUAUUAAAGAGGACAUACUGAAGGAGAUACAAGACAUUUCAUUUUUCUCUGCUACGUCGGAUAUGUGGUCAAGUUCAAAUAUGACCCCUUAUAUGAGCUUGACCAUUCACUAUAUAGCUGCUGACUGGACUCUGCACUCUAAAUGUUUAGAGACCAGAUAUGUCCCAGAUAACCACACUGCUGACACCCUGGGAGAAAACCUGAAAUCUGCUUUAGCAGACUGGGGACUGGAUGAGGACAAACUGGUCUGCAUUACAACAGACAACGGUGCUAACAUUGUUGCUGCAAUAAGAAAUCUUGGCUGGCAGUGGCUCAACUGCUUUGGCCACAACCUCCACCUUGCUGUUUCCCAUGGUCUAGACAGUGACAAAGAACGAACAGCACGUGCCAUAGGACUCUGUAAAAGUCUGGUAAACACUUUCAACCUGAGCUUCCUUAAAAAGAGAGACCUGAGGAAGGCACAGAAUGAAGCUAAUCUCCCUCAGCACAAUCUCAUUCUGGAUGUUGUCACACGAUGGGGCACUAAACAGAAGAUGAUUGAAAGGGUGUUGGAGCAACUUCCAGCCAUUAGACGAGUCCUGGUUCAUGACAGAAAGCACAGCCAUCUCAAUCCAACCUGGCAGGAUGUUUCGGUGUUGGAGUCCAUCAACGCAGCUAUGAAACCACUGGCUGACUUUACAGAUGUCCUUUCAGGAGAAACAUACGUCACAGUGUCCUCUGUUAAGCCUGUGCUAGAACUGAUUAAAGGCGACCUUCUCUCUUCAGGCCCUGAUGACAGCACACUGACUGCCAGUAUUAAAAAUAACAUAUCCACGAUACUGACUGGAAAAUACAGCUCACCUGCCAUCCAAGACCUCCUGACAAAAGCAACCAUCUUGGAUCCAAGGUACCGUGGCAGCAUGGAGGAGGCUGGAUCAUUGGAUGACGUCAAACAUCAGCUGGUGCAAGAGCUACUGGACUUAAAAGAGCCAGAAGUAAGUGAAGAAGGUGUAAGUGGUGAGGCUUCUAGCCAAGCUGGUGGAGGAACCAAAGAUGAACCUACAGCUGCCCCACUCACCAAGAAGAAGAGGCUAAGUGACCUUCUUCAAAACAGAAGAGCUGAACGCACAGUUCAGACACAGACUACAUAUCCAAAAAGAGAGCAGGCUGAUGCUGAACUGACAAAGUUCCUUCAAGAAGAUGCUAUUGAUGCCUCUUGUGAUCCCUUGAUGUGGUGGUGUGACAAUCAUAAAAGAUAUCCUUUGAUGGCAAACUUGGCCAAAAAAUACAUGUGUAUUUGUGCAACAAGCACCAGUUCAGAGAGAAUGUUUAGUACAGCUGGACACAUUGCUACUCCUGAGAGAUCCUGUCUUAAGCCACACAAACUUAACAUGUUGGUAUUUCUUGCUCGGAAUCUGUCUGACUAAAGUAGCUACAGAUCUGCUUAAAGAUUUUUGAGGCAUCUGGUCUUAUUUAAGAAUCUGCUUUUUGUUACUUUGCAUUUUUUUAAUAAAAUGGCAGUUUUGCCUAUCUUUUGAUAUACAGACUUCAUUAUCUGUACUCUUUUGGUUGAAUGUAGUUUUUAUUUCCACCAUGGUUUUAUCUUGUGUUUAGUUUGUAUUCAAGUGUAUUUUUAGUUAACAGAGACUGAGAGUCCAUUUGAUUUUUAUUUCUCGUUUUAUUUUGUUAACCAGUUCCAGUGUUAAGUGUUCUGUUGAAAAUAAAGUGUGAUUAUCUUUGGCAGGAAAUCGCAUGCAUUAUUAAGUUAGGGUUAUUUCCAUUAAAUCAGUGUAAAAAGGUCUUCAAACAAUAUUAUCGUUUAUCGCAAUAAUUUCUGAGACAAUUAAUCGUUCAGCAAAAUUUGUUAUCGUGACAGGCCUACCUAAUGGCACCCCAAACCAUCACUGACUGUGGAAACCGUACACUGGACC